AUGCAGGAAGGGAAAUCGAUAAAACCCAAUGGAUUAGUGAGGUGCUCACUUCAUGGGCUCCUCCGUUUUUCGACACACUGCAAUGCUUUGCCAGUUUUCGACGCUGACCAAGUUGUUACUGGUUAUAUAUAUCAGUGCAAAGACGGCGGGAGGUGCAUGGUCGAAGACACUUCUGCGGAUGCUUCGGCCCGACGACAGACCCCCAGGGAACGUGCCGAGAGCCGUAGUGAAGCAGCUCCCAAAAAGCUGGUGAUCGACGGGGAACCGUCAGAUACAAAGCCCGCAAUGGUGUCUGAUGCGGAUGGCGCAGGUUCUCGACAACAGGCCUGCAAAUCUGAAACACAGCGCGGGCCGAGCAGGUACUAUGACCUUGCCACCCAGAGGGCUGUGGGCCCCAUAAAAAAGGUUUGUUGGGUGUGCGGGAUGGAGGGACACGAAAAACCUGAUUGUCAUAACUCGUUGUGCAAAACUUGCCAUUCUGUGCGUAGGCACCACCACAUUUGUCAGGAAGUGCAGACAUCGCCAUUUGUGACUAUUUGUUCCGGAGAUACUCGGUCAAAGGAGAUGUUAGCUGUUCAGUGCACUUCGUGCUCAGGCUUUGGCCAUUUUGAUUGCUCGCCACGGUUGGAGCCGUCUUUUCCUUCCUGCUGCUUCUGUGGGGAGGAGGGUCAUAACGUUUUCAACUGUGAAAGUAGGGCAAGAACUGUGGCAGAUCCCUGGGUAAAUGCAGCGCUUGCACUUGAGAGGUCCGGUGUCCCUUCAAGAAGGCGCGAUCGGGGCGCGGACAGUACAGGAUCUUAUGCAUCACCUUCGCGUUCUUGGGGUCGGCACGACUACCGCGGUAGAGGAGACGGUCGGAGUUACCCCCGAGAUGGCGUCUAUAACGAGAUUGUGAAUCCGUAUCGUCAUCAUGAAAGAGAAUAUCAUGCAGGUCACAGCGGAAGCUACCACAAUCCUCCUCGAUAUGCUUCUAGAGAUGGCUCUUGGAGGCGAAGAGAGAAUCAAAACGACGGUGGAAGUGCUAAUGCUUCAUACGAUUACCGUGGUGAUCGAAUGCAUGAGAGUGACGACAGGAACCAUUCCCAUUCCCAUCGGCACCACAACACAAACUAUGCCACUGAGCAUAUGCCGCAAAGGGAGUAUAUGGAUAGUAGGGGGAGCAGGCAGCGGGUCCCCGUACUAGAUUGCCGCUAUCAACCGAGAAGUGGAAAUUCAAAUCGAACAAAGAAUUAUACCGACGAUGAUGAAUACUACGACAAGUUCUUCUAG